GAAAUCAUUAAAAUAGGUUGAAAAAUAACUUGGUAACGAAUGAUUUUUUGUUAUAAUUAAAAUAGGCAAAGGAAAAGGGCAAAUUUGAGUAAUUUGGAGUUUCAUGGUAUUAUCUACCGUUUUCUACCUUUAUUAAAAUGCUCUUAAUUUCAAAAUGAAUACUAAAAAGGAUUAUGAAAGCUGUUUCAAGACUUUCGAAAGACUAUUGGAAAGCGAAAUGAUUAUCCAUAUAGUUAAUAUGGACAAUUUGGAGAGUUUCUUGGAAUUUCGAACUUUUUCUUCCGUUUUAAAAACAACUUUGCCUUCAAAAAGAAUGCUAAAAAAGGAUUAUGAAAGCUGUUUCAAGACUUAUAAGAGACUAUUGGAAAGCGAAAUGAUUAUCCAUAUAGUUAAUAUGGACAAUUUGGAGAGUUUCUUGGAAUUUCGAACUUUUUCUUCCGUUUUAAAAAACAACUUUUCCUUCAAAAUGAAUGCUAAAAAGAAUUAUGAAAGCUGUUUCAAGACUUAUAAGAGACUAUUGGAAAGCGAAAUGAUUAUCCAUAUAGUUAAUAUGGACAAUUUGGAGAGUUUCUUGGAAUUUCGAACUUUUUCUUCCGUUUUAAAAACAACUUUUCCUUCAAAAUGA